AUGGAACUUGAUGAGGCAUCCACAGCUGACGGCUAUUAUGAUCGAAUCAAGGCUAUUUGUGGACAAAUCAGGGUCGUAAGUUUUCGCAAAAGAGGUUUCGAUUUAUAUGGUCUCAGCAAUUUAGAUGGACUGGCUUUUAACACCGAUACGAUUUGCACGCGUUACUCAUUUCAACCUAGUUAUUCAUAAGGUAGACCAAGAAGCCAAAUCAUAUCUUCAGCGGACAUCUUUAGGCGUUCAAAAUAUGGUUACAAUUGACGUCAUUGCAGAUGGCAAUUGUCUCUAUAACUCUAUCGUAUGUUUGACUGAUAAUACAGUUUUGAUAUCUUGCGAACCGAGAGGUAGGUACUUCCAACUUUACUAUUCAGUUCUGUUAAUACAAUCUUUCUAAUUCAAAAUGUAAUAGAACUCGUAAAAAAUGAAACUCUCUACAGCAAUCGCCUUGCACAUAUUGUUGGACCACUCAAUGAGGUGAUAAAAAUAUCACCCAUCAUUUUUCAUUCUCGGAACUUUAUGAAAUCCCAGCCUUGAGCAAUGUUCUUCAAUGCAAUAUACGAGUUAUAUAUCCUAGAAUUGAUUAUCGACCUGAUCUAGACAUCAUGAAUAGUACGUUUGAGCAUGCUCAAUCCAGUAUUUCAUCUAAAACAAUUUAUAUAUCCUGGUUACAUACUCAAAGUGAAAGAGACACAAGUAAAAGUAAUGUUGAUAAUUGGACACCUAAUAAUUUCGUACCACUUUUACUUCCAUCGAGUGAGUCUCAGAAUCAAAGUAACCUGACUGAACCGAAAUCCACUGUGUCACGCUCGGUGAGUUUAAUGUUUUAGUACAGAACCUUUUACACAAAUAAAACACACUUUCACUUACAGACGCCAACUAAUUCAACAACGAAGAAUAACGUACUAACUCGAAUUUGCAUCCCUGAAUUUAAUAUGGAGAAUAAUAAAAUUCAACAAUUUCAAACAUCAUUGACCUAUUACAUGGUAAGCCAGGAAACCGCAACAACUUCUCGAACUAAACGAAUAGUACAAGCAAGUGAGACUCACACGAGCGCGAAGAACACGAAUAUUGACAAAAGACGAUUACAAGCUUGUCAAAGGAUGGCUUUUAAACGAGCUCAAGCUACACCAGAGGAAGCUGAAAGAUAGCGGAUAUUUGCAAGCGAAAGACGCGCUAUCAGAAGAGCUGCCUUUACAUCAGAACAAGCUAAACUAGAGCGGCCCCUUGCAGGAGAAAGAAUUGCAGCUAGAAGAGUUGCUUUAACAUCAGAAUAACUUGAACAUGAACGUACUAUGACUCGAGACAGAAGUGUAGCCAGAAGAACUGCUUUAACAGUGCAAGAAAUCGAAGUCCAGCGAGGGCUAACUCGUGAUAAAUUUGCAGCAUGGAGAGCUACUUUUACAUCGAAAGAGAUCCAGCUACAACGAACACUUGCUGCCGAACGAAGUAUGAAUAAACGAGCUACUGCAUCACCAAAAGAAGCUGAAGAACAGUGUGUGGGUGUGGGUGGGUGUGGGUGUGGGUGUGGGUGUGGGUGUGGGGG